AUGCCGAAAACCCUUAGCAGGACGCAGCGCACCCUUCAUGCGACUCGCCGNGCUCUACCUAACUUCGUUUCCCAUGGUGGUGGAGCGGUCCUGCUCGCAAUAUCUUAUUGGGGUGUUUCUUGCUUCGUGGUCCUGGUUGAGCUCCUCGCCCUGACGACUCCUACUCAAACCUAUAGAAUCUCCGUGGGUACCCUCGGUCGAAGCAUCUUUACGAGGAGUCAACCUGGUGAGCUAUUCCGGGAGUCGGACAAGGAACUUCCGGUACACGUAGGGACUCUGACCAACCUCGGCAACUUCAAGGGGGUCUACCUCGACGACAACAAGCUCAACCUUCGGAAGAUCCGGAACAUCACCACGUUUCGGGCCUUCCGAGUGGGUAAGGUAGCAGGGGAGGUUUCCGUGUGGGCCAAGCGCUUCAUGCACAGCGAUGCCUGGCUUGGUCUGACAGCGACCGGCGGGGCCCAGGUCGACGCCAACCCACACCGUCUCUUCCGGUUCGCUGCGCCGACUUUCGACAUCGUGCCUCCUUUUGAGCUCAAGACGGUCGACCCCACCGUGAUCGCCCCCAUCGAGAAGCGCUACAUCGCGACGCGGCCCCGCCUAGAGGCUGCUUACGCACUAGCUCCUGACGGUGUGGUCGACGCUCUAUUGGCUGAGCAGAGCGACUCGCUGAAGUUGUUGCGCUCCGGAGGAACGAUCAACAACUUCGACCUCCCAAUGGAAUGGCUCCACACGGCGAUCCCGCCAGCGCCUUUGCCUCCCUCUGCGGGCGCGACCGCGGACGGAGUGGACAACACACCCUCUCGGGCGAACGGGGUGUCAGGGCCCUCUAAGAGAAAGGCCUUAAACCCAGUGCGUCCUACGUCGCUAACACCACCCAGCGUUGGCGACAUCGCAUGCUUCAAGGCGGAGGAAGCUCCGUUUGUGCUGGGGGAGGUGCUGAGCAUAGCUGCAGACGCCUCGCCGGUGAACGUCGACAUCCACUGGUAUGGGCCUAUCAACAAUACCGUUAGGGCGGGAGCGGGCAGCGCGACUAUCGAGGACUAUGCCGUGGCGCGUUUCAGCAAGGAUUUCAUCCUAACAAGCGGCGCGAAGCGCAGAACGCACGAUGCCAGCGACGAGCCUAUCCCACGCAUUAUCGCAUGCUGCAGCUCGCUAACUUCAACGGGUAACAUCCCGGCGAGAAUUUAA